CUAUGGUUUACUACUUAUCUACGUCACACGUUGUCACAUGCGCACCGCCGACGCGCCGUAAGUCCUUUUUUAACCUAGUGUUGAACGACUAGCAUCAAACAAGCAUCAAGAUGCAGCUCUUCUUGCGUGCCCAGAACACUCACACCCUUGAGGUGACUGGACAGGAGACCGUCAGAGACAUCAAGGUCCAUGUCCAGACUCUGGAGGGUCUCCUAGUGGAGGACCAGGUGCUGUUGCUGGCCGGCUCCCCCCUGGAGGAUGCUUCCUCUCUGGUGGAAUGUGGCAUCUCUGAGCACUGCACCCUGGAGGUGGCCGGCAGACUUCUGGGAGGAAAGGUCCAUGGCUCCCUGGCCCGUGCCGGUAAAGUGAGGGGACAGACACCCAAGGUUGACAAACAGGAGAAGAAGAAGAAGAAGACUGGUCGUGCCAAGCGUCGCAUCCAGUACAACAGGCGCUUCGUCAACGUUGUGCCCACCUUCGGCAAGAAGAAGGGCCCCAACGCCAACUCCUAAGGACCCUGUCCCUCUUCAGGAGAAUGCUUGUUAUCACACCCCUUUAGUUUUAACCCACUGAAAGGUUUUCCUCCUGUACAGAAUAAAGAUUUGGCUUAGACUAAAGAACAA